AUAGGAGGUUGUUCAUGACUAUGCCACUUCAGUUCAGAUGCUAACUGGUCAGUAAACGCACCACAGUCAUGUUGUACCAAAGUUAAUGCACUCAUAACAAUAAUAACAUGAACAUAACAAUAGUACAAUACAGUAUGUAGUGUUUUGUGGCAAAAUAUGCCAUUUUUAGCUAGUUAGUAAAGUGUCAUGGAGCUUGAAAAUACAAAUUCGAUUAUAGUGCUUUUUGUAUGAUUACCCACUAAAUUCUUAGGCCAUGAUCUUGCGAUAAUUCACCCCUGCUGUAAAAAACAGCAUAGACUAGCACAGAAAUGAUGCUGGUCUAUGCUGCUCAUUGUUGGUCUAUGCUGGUUUGGUGCUGGUUUAGCUUGUGGUUAAUGCUGGUCUAUGCUGGUUUAGCAUGGUCCACCAGCAUACAGUAGCAUAACAGCAUCUGAUGCUGGUAUGGUGGUCACCAGCACUAGCAUACCAGCACGAAAACACAACAUAUGCUAUGUCUAUGUUGGUCAUGCUACAGUAGUAGCUGGUCUAUGCUGGUUUUUCCAGCAGGGACAUGAUCAACUCUUUGGUUUUAGGUUAGCACUUACCUCAUAAAUGUGAUAGUCAUUUGUAGCUUCCCUGUGAGACAAAAACAAGCUCCAAAUUAACCGCAUUGAUUGUUUGUUUCAAGACAAAAUGUCAUAAAAGUUAAAAAGACACAUUUGACCAGACCAGAAGCUAGGCAGAUAGCUCUUGCUAGCUAACUAGCUAGCUAACUAGCUGCUGACUCAGGCACAAUGACAGUCAGGCAAAUUGUGUGAACAAAGAUGCCAGAAAAGGAGAACGGCAAUGACAUUAAUAGGCCAGCGAUCAGACAUGCUGGCUAAGAUUGGUUUAGCCUGUGACAAGCUGUCGUCAAUAGAGUCCACAUUUUACAGCCUAAGUUUUGAUUCUCACCGUAAUAAGGGACAAAGUGCUUCCCUUGUCAACUCAAUACAGGACACACACUUUUAUUUCUAAAAAUGGGACAAUUCUGUUUUUCAGUGGACCUUUGGUAAUCCCUAUACCUCCGGUACAUUUUUAUAGUCAAAUCCUUUUUUAAGGAUUUUCAUCAAUGGUGUUUUUGUGUCACACAGACUAGUGUUGUGCAUCCUAAAGUCUCUCGCUGGCGUGCCGACAUCUGCUUGCUUUAUCUAAAUUAUUGACAUUGGCCUUCUGUGCGCUCAACAAACAGGACAGGCCUCUGUUUCUGCAUGUCUAAGCAAUAUCCAUCCCUCCGAAUACCUUACUUUAACUGAGGCUGACACAAAUAGCCUAAACAUCAGAUAGAUAAGAUUAUAUAGGAGUUUUUUUUCUGAUUUGUGAAAGCCUCAUUGUUGGGGUCUAACAAUGUCUUCUGAUAUUAUUUUGAAGCCGCAUUUGAAAUAUUCAUUGCUGCUUGAUUGCCAUCUAGUGGUCGGCAGGCAAACUUCUUGUAGCACUCAAAACCCAAAACAACACCUGAGGAUGUUAUAUGUUGACAUAAAUAAAGUCACAUUUUUGAGGUUUGUAAUAUUGAUCAUAAUAGAAUAAAUCUACAUAGUAAGGGCUGAAAUACAAAGCCAAUUUAUUACACAUGUGAAUAGGACCUUACGCACAGUAGAUAAUAGUUAGGUGUGCUGUUUAAUAUGAUGAGAAUUAAUCGAUGUUGUUUUUUAUUUUAUUUUUUUCAAACUGUCAUGGUUUAUUUUUUUGGACAUGCUUAACAACUUACAAGUUAAAAAAAAAACAUCACAAAUUUAUAUUUGCACACUUCAACAGUGUUUAUUUAAUCAUACCACUUUUCCAUUUAUUGACAAUUACUGGUAGGUAAUCAUUGAAUUCAUUGAUGAAUGUAAAUAGUACAUAUUUAAAAUGGUAGAGUAAAUAUACAAUAUACACAUUAUUCUAUAAGAUGCUUUUAGGCAAAACUGAUUUAUUUUCAAAAUUCCAAUGUGUUCUUGGUUGAUUCAUAUAUAUUCCUAUGAAUUCCUAAAACAAGCCCUUCCUAUUCAUGCCAAUGCCAAUUAACAACCAUGAAAGAGCUUUAAAGUUGCAUAUGUUAGGUUUCACUGUAGUUAUGAGACCGACCCCUCUACUCUGUAUUUAAUAGAGCAAGAACAAGAAUAGAUUAAGGAUGCACUUAGGACGCUUUAAACACUAUUAUGUUGGGUUUUUUUUAUGGCAGGAGCUCAUACAUCUUGCAUGUUAACGUAAUAAUGACGGCGUGUGUUUCUGUCUGUGACUCAUGUCUGUCUCUCAGCAGCAAUAUUAUAAUAUGACUCUUAUGUAGAGAUGUUAAAAAUGCAACUUCAUCAAAAGCUUUGCUCUACAUGGCUGCUUGCACUUGUCCAAGAUGCAAAUACUGUAUUCAUGUGGAAAAAAGUCCCCAGUCUCCUACUCCUGAAAAGGGUGAACAUUUAAUGGUGCUGCUAUUUAACUAAAAAAGUGUGAUCCCAAAUCGGAUUUUACUUAAAAUGUGCCACACAACACCCACCGAAUCACACCUUUAGGGAACUGACAAGCACAUGUCUGUAAAAUUUUAGCAAGAUUGGUUGGGAAAACAUCAAGCCACCAUCAAGCAAAAUGUCUUUACAACUUACUAACGAAUUAUUUAUAAGUCAUUUACCACUUGGCUAAUGAUAAUCUGCAUUACCUGCAGUACAUGCCAGCAUGUCUUACAAAGCAUUUUGUCCACAACCCAUCGGGGGCGCCACUAAUGUCAUUUCCAGCCGUGUGACAAAAUGUGAACACCAUUUUUUCCACACGACUAUAUACACAGCUGAUCAAACGUUUGAGCACACAACCUUUAAAGGCCAAAAUCUUGUGGAUUCAAUGUCAUUUUCUGUCAGGUAUUCACACUGUCAUGAUCUCUUGAUGGCAAAGGCAAAAAAGCUUUCUCUCUUUGAACGCCGUGCAUAAAGAAGGCCUCUCGCAGCGUGCCAUUGCUGCUGAUGUUUGAGUGGUAGGUGGUAGGCCCAAAAAGUUGUCACCAGCCCUGAGCCAGAGGAUGCAAUUGGCUGUCCGUUCAAAACACAGGACAAUCCUCGGCCCAAAUGAAGGUUGUCACUGGUGCCGAGUGCGGUCCAAUAACCAUCAGACGGCACUUGCGAGAGGAGGGUUUUAAGACCACAAAACUUCUUCUAAUGCCUCGUCUCCUUCAAUGCCACAAAAUCCCAUCUAGUAUUUGCCCGAGAGCACCAAACAUGGAAAAGGCGGAAGAAAGUUUUAUUCUCUGAUGAGGAAAAAUGUACCCCAUGAUCUGGGGUACUUUUUCUUUUAAUUGAACAAUGAAUGGCAGUUGGCUAUGUAGAUUUGUUGCAGGGGGCAUCCCUCAUGGCUGAAGGCCCUCAUCCGUGUGGUAAUGACUGGGUGUUUCAACAGGACAAUGCUGCAGUUCACAAUGCCUGCCUGAAAAAGGAAUUCUUUCAGAGGAAUAGCCUCACUGUUUUGGACCACCCUGCGUGUUCCCCUGAUCUAAAUCCAAUUGCGAACAUUUGUGGAAGGAUUUCAAGGGAAGUUGAAAUCAAAAAAUGGAAUCAGUUACAGACAGUGGAUGCCCUACGUGAAGCCAUCUUCACCACCUGGAGUACCAUUCCCACGAGCCUCCUGCAAACCCUGGCAUCAAGCAUGUUUUUUUCAGCUGAUGACAGCCUGCUUCACAAACACGUGCUUCGUCAGUCCCCUAAAGACAGCAGCGACAGUGACCUUGAGCUCUCCAUGGUACGCCAUCAGCCCGAGGGCCUUGAGCAGCUCCAGGCACGGACCCAGUUCACAAGGAAGGAGCUUCAGUCCCUUUACAGAGGUUUCAAAAAUGAAUGUCCCAGUGGGCUUGUGGACGAGGAAACCUUCAAGACCAUUUACUCACAGUUCUUUCCGCAAGGAGAUGUCACCAUGUACGCACACUUCCUGUUCAAUGCUUUCGACAUGGACAGAAGCGGCUCCAUCCGAUUCGAGGACUUUGUGCUGGGCUUGUCGGUGCUGCUUCGCGGUUCCGUCACAGAGAAGCUACGCUGGGCGUUUAAUCUCUACGACAUCAACAAGGACGGCUACAUCACCAAGGAGGAAAUGAUGGCCAUAAUGACGUCCAUUUACAACAUGAUGGGCAGGUACACCUUCCCCAGUGUACGAGAUGACUCCCCUUUGGAACACGUGGAGAAAUUCUUCCAGAAAAUGGAUCGUAACAGAGAUGGAGUGGUGACCAUUGAUGAAUUCAUAGAAACCUGCCAAAAGGAUGAAAACAUUAUGUCUUCCAUGCAACUCUUUGAGAACGUCAUCUAGCAGAAGGAUCGUCGCAAACUCACGGAAACUUUAGAAAUUAGCUCAUGCAACACACCGGAUAUCAUUUACUACGGUAAACGCUGUUUUUUUUUUUCAGUUAAAGCUCAUCUGUGCAGAGAAAUAGUCACAAGGUCAUGUUUCCCAGCAUGACAGUUAUUCCAAAGUUCCCCAUCAACAGAGCAUGAAUGUGAGGAUCAUUAAAAGCAUGUGAUACCCAACACAAACUCACAAUUGAAACCCUUACAUUUCAACAAGCAUUUUUAUUACAGUAUAUUUUCUCAGGGGACAAUACUUUAGAAAGGAAACUUGAAUAUACUAUACUUUAGAGUAGUCAGUAUAUAUCUUGUACGGCAAUAUAUUUAAAGUUUAUCCGCUUUUCAUGUCUAGAGUGUUGACCCUUGAGAUUUCAGUUUAUCUUUCAAUGGCAAAGAACUUUCAUUAUGCUGUUUCCUUGGCAAAAGAGAGCUCUGUUCCACCACACACACACAAACAGAACAGACAGGCAGCGUCGGCAGGAACACAUGCAGUCAAACAAAGGAGCAUUGUAAUGAUAGUUGCCCCUGUAAUGCGAACAAAAUCACUACGUUGAGGGUGAACUCAUCAAAGAAGCAUUGCUUUCUUUAUUUGCUGCAGUAACUUGUUCUGUAUGCUUGGUUUGUUGCUUAAACCUUGCAAUGCAAACAUGCUGAAAUAAAUCUACCUUCACCUAGCGAGAAACCUACUGGAUCUAUUUCAUUAUUAAUAAGGCAAGAGCUCAGAGAAUAUAAUUUGACUGUCAGUAACGCUGUGGCGGUUUUUAUUAUUAUAAGAAAAGUUGUGAUCAAAAUCAGCCCCAAUAUGUUCCAUAUAGCAUACUGAAUGUUCCUUGUGUAUGCUUGUGAAAGUAAAAUAUGCAGGGAAUGCCACUGUUGACUGUAGUUAUAUAUAGAGCCAAAAGACCAGGAGAUGACUUCCAAGGCUUCACUACACAGCUGCCUUUGAAUGACUGUAUUGAGUCGAGUCUUAGAGAAGCAUGUGGAUAGGCUCAAACUGAUAACAACAGUGUAAAGAAACAAUAUUGCUUGCUCUUGAUAAGAACAGAGUUCUUGACAGAACGCAGUUAAUUGGUUCUAGGCCUUACCAUGAUAAGUACAUUUACGUGAGUUCUUAUUUAUCAAUUGAAUGUUUUCAUAAUUAGAGCAUAGCAUAGCAUCCAUCCGUUCAUCUUCUAUGCCGCUUAGGGUCACGGGGUAUGCUGACUUCGGGCGAGAGGCGAAAUGUCUAUGGUCGCCACAUAGACAAAACAACCAUUCAUAUGUAGGGACCUAACAUGGAUGUUUUUGGAAUGUGGGAGGAAACCGGAGUACUCGGAGAAAACCCACACACACACACGGGGAGGACAUGCAAACUCCACACAGAGAUGCCCAACAGAGAUUUGAACCCAGAUCUUCCCGAUCUCCUGACUGUGUGGCCAACAUGCUAACCACUAGGCUACCGUCCAGCCCCUCUAGUAGACAUAAUAAUAGAAAAUAAGACAUCUUAGGCAUACAUAAGUAGGGGUGUCACGAGACACCCAACUCACGACCCGAGAUGAUACACGAGAUUGGGUCCACGAGGACAAGACGAGACGAGAUUUUAACUUUUUUUUAAAGAUAUGUACAAUGAAAAAAUAUAUGGGUGAGUGGUUUUGUUUUCGGUGGGGAAGUUGGUUACCAUUGGUUACCACCUUUCAGACACCACUCGGACACAUUCGGCAUACUGGCUCGUCCGUGUUUGUAGACUCAGAUCUUGCAUUGCUCCUAAAAGGGCAACACUCUCUGCUAUGCUAGCGGCCCCUCCUCCCCUCACAGAGACAGAGACAAUACAGUAUGGCUGACAAGAGGGCUCCCUUUGUUGAAGCCUUUGCUUCAUGGAGCAAACGUGCCCAGGGGCUGAAAACGAGCACACAGUCAACCUGCGUGAUACCCCCCUAUAAAUAAGACAUAACAUAGGCUCACACGUUGCCACUGACAGCAUACUUCCUGCACGCAAACGUUGCCAAUGACAGCAUACUUCCUGCGAUGGUUAUUGUCUCAUCAUCGUAACGUUACUGACAGCUAGCGACCAGUGUAGAAUACUAUUGUGACGCGCUGUUUGUUGUUAAGGAGAGACUGAUGAUGCACUUUAGUUGCUUUAUUAACAAGCGUAGAACACAUAGGCAGUGAACAUUCACACAGGAGCUGCUGUUGGCUACAACUCACGCCAGUCACUCACACUCUCCACACUGCUUAAACGCAGUCAGCUUUAGAUGGCUGACGUCACACACGUCAUUGCCCAGGCCCUGCUCCUUAAAGGCGCACACAAGUCACAGAUAAUACAUUACAUAUCACGUCUUCUGAAUGCCUUAUAUCUAUAUUUUCGUUCGUUGGGCCAUUUUUAUGCUUGAAAAUGUUUAAUUUAAUCCAAGAAUACAUACAAUUUGCUUAAAUAUGCAUAUUUUUUUACUCAUGAUAGGCCGUAUUCAACCAUGAAACAGCGAUCAUUUAUUAAUUCAUUAUUUUUUUUUAAAAACGUGAUAGAGUGAGGAUGCCAUGUUCGAACCGCAAUGUAGCGAGAGACGAAUGUAUGGAAAGAGGAGCUUCUUAGCUUUAAAGCGAUAGCCAAUAUGUGGGGGAGCGAUGUAUGCCGCAAAUAACUGUAACGUAUUACAGUCGUCAUCGCGGUUCGAACAUCGCUCCCUCACUCUAUCACGGUUUUUCAUAAAGUAAUUAAUUUAAUUAUCGCUGUUGUGUGGUUGAAUAGGCUAGAAUUAAUUAGAAAAUAUGCAUAAUUUAAGCAAAUUGUACGUAUUUUUUUUCCCAAAUUAAGCAUUUUCAAGCAUAAAAAUUCCUAAAUGAACUGAAACACAAAUACAGUUUACCGUAAACCAUUAUGACCACCAACUUGUGAAUGCAGUAUUCUACAUUGCUCACUAGGUGUCAGUAAUUGUUCAGUGGGACCACCAUCAAAGCACCAGACUUGAACAACCUGCUUUUAUUGCAGGUUUAAAUUAUCUCAGGCAUAAUCAUCAUAAUAACAUGGGUUACUGUUGCGGCCAUAGCCCACAACAAGCUAAACCACAAGUCUGACCCCUGACUUCACUUCCUGUCUGCUCCCCUACAAGGUAAACUGUGUAAUGCGAAUGUAAAGGUGACUAUGUGGGUACUAUUUCAUGUCUGGACUCGAAUAAUGUUUAAAAAAAACAUAUUUAGAAGACUGCAAAUAUGUUUUCUAUGCCAUAACUCCGACAAUAUUUCAUUUAUAAAGAAGGAAUCCUACUGGAACCAAUUAUCCACGAUAAACAAGGGAUUACUGUGAUGUCACCCUGACCCUGUGAUGUUCGUAUGGCAUUACGAGUUUAUGAAUGAAAUUAAAUUCAGCAUUAAACAACUACUGUUCUGAUAAAAUACACUUGACUGCAUAGAAUCUGCUUUCGUAUGAGAAGCACGUGGAUAGGCUCAAACUGAUAACAAUGUAAGCAAACAAUAUUUGUUGUGCUUUAUAAGAAUAGCCUUGGUAUUUGAUGAAAUAUUUGGACUUAUUCACUUUAAAUCUCAGUGUUUUUUGACAAUAUUCUAAGGGACUAUUCACACGUAAAUGUUUUUAGUUCAAAAGGGCAAAGUAUUUUAUCAUUUCAGCCUCUCAUCCACACGGAAAUGGCGUUCUGGAUGCCCUGAAACUGUAUUUUUUUAAUGGCUUCCAGAGUGGGAAAAUCGUGGAAAAAGUUGUCUUUUUGUAGACAGCCGACACAAAAACAAUGACGUCAUCAACCCACUGCUACUCUGUUGCCGUCACCAGACGUGAGCUUUGAUGAUAAACCAACAUAAUAUCUGAAUAUUUCGACUGACAUGACUCACCUCAGUGGACAUUCUCCUGAUAUUUUGUCGUUUUAUACUCCAUAAUGACUCGCAGAAGUAAUUCCACUUCUCAUAAGGCUUGCUGAGCCUUGGAAAGUGGAAGACAACAAACUUAUGCGCGUGUGUUCUUUCUUCUUCUACGGUUUGUUGUGUCAUGUGGUACCGCCUGUGUGUCUGUUCACAGCACCACACGUAGGCGUGCCUUGUGUAUUACAUUGUUUUCACUCAAGUGAUCCGUUUCCGUCUGGAUGCAACUAUUUAUUAAUCUGGCACAGUGUGGAUGUAAAAAUUUAAAAAAUAAAAAUAAAAAAAAUAAAAUCACACGAGCGUUCCCGUGUGGACAGGUCCUAAUAUUCCUAAAACAGUUGUUAAACAGCAUUCAGAUAGAGUUUUGUGCAGCUCAUGUUGUUGUUAAUAUGAACAAAUCUCCCACUGUCCAGUCUUGCUCUCAAAGGGAACAUGAUACUGUAACGAUUAUGUGAUUUCACUGGACAAAAAUGUCUGCAAACAAUCUUCUCGGUUGUUCAGCAUCCUGUUAUACGUCACUCUGCUUGUGCAACACUUCCUGCAGAAACAGCCCUGGUUCUACUUUUAAGAUACUCUCAAUAUGAUCAAACAUCAAAGAAGUAACAUGUCUAACAAUGAGACCAUGAUUUUUAAUCAGUUAUAGUGGCCAAAUAUUAAUUCAAAACUUGCAUUUACUUUAUAUAUAUCUAUAUAUAUAUAUAUAUAUACUAGAGUGUGUUGACGACUUUUUGCUUGUGCAUUGUCCUGUUGUCUGCAUAUCUGCUGAAUAACACAGCAUGGCCGUGUGGAAUUGUCAGCAAAAAUCAUUCAACCUGUACUGUAUUAUUCAUCUUGGACCAAUAGCCAUGCACAGCUUGUUGUUGGUGGUGGGGGGGAGGAGCUUAACUAAUGUUGCUAUAGAAAUAAUUAUAAUGAAAAGCAACCUUCUGGAGCCAAUGGAUUGCCCCAUCAGCAGCACGUUGUCGCAAAAGGGCCCAGCAGUGCAGUGAUGACAUGCUAUCAGAAGCUUCUGUCGCUGUGUUUGUUGCUGCUGAUCACUGCAGCGUUGUGUCCAGGUGCACACUACACAUCCAGUAAGCGUGGCGGCACACCCAAAGGCAGAAGCAGCAAAGCGCCUCAUGCCUCUCAGGGCCUCUCCAAGCAGAGCCUGAAAUGGGCGGCAGCAGCGGCCGGCAUGCUGGGAGGCACUGGCACCGGAUAUGGCCUGGGCUUCCUCGGAAGGCCCAAGCAUGGAUCCAGGGGUCACGUUGGCACAAAUGUGGCCUACACUGACCAGCAUCACUACGGGGAAAGCCAAAAGUUUAACAACCAGUCAAGAUGGAGGGUGUUUAUUAAGGCGGCGGCCCCGCCUGCAGACAUCAAUAACCUCUUCAUCACGCUAGGACACGCUGUCACCUUCAUCAUCACCAUCUGGAUGGGGACACUGUGAUCCAAAUGGUCUUAAUUGCUACUGGUAAAGCACUAAUAGUGAAAAUACAAUAAAGGCUUGUAAAUCAUUGCAAUACUUUUCGCUUUUUAUCAAUGGAGCAAUUUAUGAAGAAAUCUUGAAUGAA